UAAUCGCCUUGAGCGAACGACGACAUCGCGAUGAAAUCGGUCCGCGAGGCGGCAAGCGUAGUUGUGUUCAACGAGUUGGAGGAGAUCUUGUUCGUGAAGCGACCCAAGACCGCUAAAGCAUGGGCGAACAUGAUGGUGUUUCCUGGUGGCAAGGUGGACGCCGCCGACAACGAUGCACCGACCGCAUCGCCAUACCCGCAUGUACCCUCACGGUUCUUCAAUGCCGCAAUCCGCGAACUCUUUGAAGAAGUCGAUGUCUCAUUGACAGCCCCACGGCUGUGGACGGCCCUAACACAAGCAGACCGACGACAGUGGCGCCAUCGGAUUGUCGACGACAAGGACGACUUUGGUUCGCUACUACGUCGGGCGAAAUGUGCCGCACAAGUCGACGAACUUUUGCCGUUCAGCCACGUCAUUACUCCAGAAGGAUCACCCCACCGGUUUGACACGUGGUUCUUCCUCGCUCGCAUCACCGGUGCAGACGUGCCACACGUGGAGACGCACAAUUCCGAGCUUGACGGCGAGUGUCUGUGGCUGACGGCGCAGGACGCCCUGGCUGGUUAUUCCAAAGGAUUGUUUGCAUUUGCCACGCCUCAGCUGUAUCUCCUCCAUCAGUUCCGUCAAUUUGAAUCGACCAACAAACUCUGGGCCACCGCCAAGGCCGAUGCCGCCACAGGCAACAUCCCGACUGUCCUGCCCCAGCGCCUCCCACCGUCGGACGACUUCCCUGGAACGUUCACCGUUUUUCCCGGCGAUCCGCUGUACCGCCACAGAGCGCUAUAUCCGAUUCCCCAUCGCAUGCACCUCGAUCUCUCCGACCCUUCGAAGAGCACGUUCGAGAUUCCCCGUAGACCCAACAAUGUCGUCGUGAAUUAGGUCACGGCCCCGUCAUGAUUCCUUGGUGAAAAUGCUUGAACGGUCGAGUUGAGAGCAGCAAAUUCCCCCGGAUGUAGGCUGAGGUACAGCAUGCAUGAGCUACAGUGCCUCUUGUAUGCGUGCCAUCGCUGCAACCAGCUGCUUGACCGCAGCCGCCUGAGCACUCA